ACUGAAAAGACAUACUUAAGGGGCUAAGUUCAAAGUUCCGCGCUGGCCUAGGGAUCGAAGUGGGUUUUAUGCUACCUGCUGCGGGUUACGUUCUCAAGAUUGUCUUGAUCGAAAGCUGUCGAUUUCGGCAAUUGUUUUUUUCUUGUAAUAAAUCCUUCCUCAUUCGGUUUCAGUUUGGAAAGGACAGUAGGCUAGAUGGCCUGUGUUAGUCCUGGUAGUGGUCUCAGUUGGUUCAACUUUCUUUUGAAAGUGUCGACAGAUGAAGCUUCAACCACGUGUUGAGGUAAUGAAUUCCACUCGUUGAUGAUUCAAUGGGAAAGUCGAUGCUCAAGUAAUUUGUUCUGGGCUUGUGAACUUUUUUGGAGUGUCCUCGUAAACUCUGUAUUUUGGAAGUCACGAAAAAUUAGGGCUAUAUCAGAUCCGAAUUUCUCUUUAAGUAAUUUGAAGAUUGUAAUCAAGUCACCUCUGGUCCUUCGAUAUGACGAUGGGAAUAGGUUUAGUUUAGCCAGUCGAAAAUGAUACGGAAGCUUCGCUAUUCCGGGAAUCAGCUUAGUUACUGUUCUCUGAACCUUUUCCAAAAGCUCAAUGUCUUUUUUUAAACAGGGGCUAGCCGCUUGUAUGCAGUACUGAAGUCUAGGACGCACGAAUACUGUGUACAAAGUCAGGAAAGUUUCAUUGUCGAUAUGGUUAAAGGCCCUACGUACUGAUCCCAUAGGGUUGUAAAACCUUCGGCGGCUAUUGCACGGCAGUGUGCAGUAGUUUUUAAGUCUUGGCUGACGAUGACUCCUAAGUUAUUUUGUGUCUGGAUAACAGGUAGCUCAAUGUUAUUCAUCAUGCAUGUAUCUGUACCUUAAUGACCAAUAUGCGUCACAAUACACUUAGAAGUAUUUGUCGGCAACUGCCAAAUUUGAGACCGUCCAGAUAAUUUCUUCAGGUCAUUCUGAAGCUCUAAGCUUUCACCUUUACUUUUUAUUGCUCUUCACAUCUUGACAUCGUCAGCAUAUAGCAAAACCGGUGAUGAUAGGAUACUGGGAAGGUCAUUUACAUACGAGAGGAAUAAUAUUCGUCCCAAAACUGUACCCUGAGGCACUCCGUUAAGCACAUUUCUCAGCAAGACAACUCCAAUUUCAGCCGUACUCUUUUUUGAUGGCUAACUAGGAAGUAUUUUAUCCACAUUAAUAGGUUGCCUCCAACCCCAACAUUUCUUAACUUAUAUAACAGCAGGUUGUGAGGAACUUUGUCAAAAGCUUUGCUGAAGUUAAUGUAGGCUAUGUCUAUAGGUAACUUUUGGUCUUUAAGACAGCACUAACUUUCAUGAGCCGCUAAUAAGUUAGUGAGGCAGGAAUAAUUUGCAUGCGCCAGUAGUACACAAAGUACCUUCUGGCCAGACGUGAUUUGCCACAGUACUGUAACGGAUUCAAAGUCUUAUCCUGUUGACUUCCAGUUUCGGUUUCCGACUGUCUUGACUACCCUUGUGCUGUGGCCAUUUGUUGUGGGUCACUUUCACUACUAAAUGUAAGUUCCGGCUCACCUAUCUUUUCUCCUAAAUUUCCCUGUUAGGGUUUCGGAUUACAGUACUUAUGUUGUCCUCAGUGAUGCCAAUCGAAGUUUCUGUACACAUUAUUUUGAAGCCCAAUCUAAUCAGUCAUACAUCUUAAGAAUGUUAUAAAAUUUCUUGGAUAUUAAUAGACAAUUAGUGAGGUUUUGUAGGAAAACACCACAUCUUUUAAGUAACCCUGGGAAGAUGAACAAGUUCAGGGAUUAGGAAAGUUGAAGACUUAACUACUCUUGCAAAGUUGAAUGUAUGUCUUUAAUCCACUUGCUCUUGUUUACCUUUCGCUCUGUAGCCGAUGUGGGUAAGCAAAUAUUCAGUACAUCUACUCUAACCCGAAGAUCUUCACUUUCUCACAGCCCACUCUAGAAGUUGUGGCUCCACAGAUUGAUAGUUCAUCUUAGUUUGACAGCUUGGGUUUUGUGUUUCCUGUUAUAACAACUAGAAUAACACGUAGUGGUAGGGGCUACCUGUAAAUGUGAAUCAGAUGUCUUAAAUGGUCGAGAUAUUGAAAGUUUGAUACUACAUCAGUCGAUUUUAUUUUAUAUUUUAUUUGAACACAUAAAUAUUGUUACAAGAGGGCGCCGAAUAUGUAUGCGUCACACAUUUUCAUUAUCAUUAUAUUUGUGUAGGCUAUGAUACUGCCGUAGCAGGUGGUUUUCUUAGGGCGCCACAUCCCGAGCCUUUGACCUAAAGAUCUGACGCACAAGGCAGUGGAGCAUCGUGAGGAGAUGCGAUCCCAUGGUAGCCGGUGGCCAAAAAUUGGUUCAUACGCCAUUUGUUCUCGCAGGAUACUGGAGCCCAUGUACACCAUUGGUUUGAGAUCCGGUUAAAGCGCCGGACAUUCGCUUUUCGUCCUCUCACUUUCGUAAACAACACCCUCGCCACGAGAAGGCAGUGAGUAGGACUUCCCUGUCAGAGGCUGUAUACGCGUGGCCAUGUGAUAGCAUUUGGAGAGAGAAAGUGGACUCUCCCCACUCUCGGCCAUACCAGGGCAUUUGGGGGCAACAUCAGUCGAUUUGCUACCUUUACCUCUGGCUCUUUGUCUAAAACCAUUAAUACUCCACUAGUCUGCUUCGGUUUGGGCACCCGGGCAGUAUCACAGCCCUCACACAUAUCAAAUAAGAUUUGUGUGGCGCAUGUAUUUGGUGCCUCCUUGUACCAAUAUCUGUGUUAAAAUAAAAUAAUACUCCACUAGGGGUCCCAACAAACGUAAAUAAUUCUUUGAAACACAUGUGGUCGAAAAUCGGUAAGGUACGUGGUGUUUUUGUUUGAAGAGUUGUAUUUUUCCGUUAUUAGAAAGCUUAGCGGACUGUGCUUUGUAUGAAGUUCUACCUGCCUCUGUCCUUUAGAAAGUGAGGACGUUGUGUGUUUUUUUGAACCAGACGGUUAUAAAUCUGCUAACCUAUGAAAGCUAAGCGGAAAUGACAGACACUACGAGAACUAUUACAAAUUCUUGAAUGACUCUAGAAGAAUCUCGUAACUUACAUCAGUCACUGCCAUCAGCAAGUUUUAGUGGUAGUUACCUGACCAAUACCAAUCAGAUUAACAGUUCAUAUCAUCAAAACAGUCAAAAUCCUACGAAUUAUCCUCCAUUAUUCCAUCCUGCAGCUGUAGCAGCUGUUGCCGCUGCAGCUGCAGCGGCUGGGUACACACAACAGUUCAAUCCAGGUGUUAUAAGUCGUCCACUCAACCUGACUGCUAAUCCAAAUGGUUCGAAUCCAUAUUUCUCUUCUGCAGACACAAGCAGAGCUUAUUAUGCCAGCUUUGCAUUACAACAGUCUGGAUUUUAUCCUGGAUCCCAUACUUUCAAUAAUUUGGGAGGUAUGAAUAUUCCUCAGGAUUUUUCAUUUCCGAAUCCCACUACCUCCAUUCAUUUAUCCAGCACUGGAGUAGAAUUCCCUUCAUGUUUAUCAACUAGUACAGCGGAGUCUGAAAAUGGUUCAAAGUUACAACGAGUUGCUGCCUCAACUAGGAAUUCCAAAACUUCCACUAGUAGUAUAAAAACACAUACAAAAUCGUCAGGCGUCCGUGGCAGGAAAUCGAUUUCGUCUGAUGAGAUGGCAAAUCGCAAACGCCAGGAAUUUAAUGAACUUGUUAAAGCCCGCACUGAGAAGCUUAUGUCCGAUGGUCCCAUCGCAAAUGCAAGUAUUUUAUUUUUGCUCCACAUUAAUAAUUUCUCAUUAAUAGCGCUUUCUUGCACCAUAAUGUUCUAUGUCCUUAUAGUUACUUUUAUGCUUACUUCACACUUUCGAAUUUCGUUGAUAUAAAGUGUUGCCUUGCUGUCCUGGGUUGCGCGUCAGCUCAGUCAUUUUGUUGUUUCGAAAGUUUCCUACAGUACUAAGCAACCCCAUUUUCAUUUUUGGAUCCCUAUUAAAAUUAUUAUUUCGAUAAUACAAUGAGAAGACGAAGUUUAUCCUCUCAUUGCAUUAUCGAAAUUUAUCAAAAGGACUAAUUGUUUUAAAACUAUUAUUCAUAAACAUAUGUGGUGAUUGUGUUCACGAGAAUAAUACGGUGACUUUUACUUGUUAUGUUUCAGUAAUUCAUUUUGAGUGGUGUAUAGGUAAAAUCCUGAAUGGUAAAUGAAAUGUACCCAGGUGAUAGAUACUCCUGUGACCGAAAUAUUGAUGUAGCUCUUCAAUAAGCUGAUAUCAAAAACCAAGACAACUGCCCACUAGAAGAGAUAUUUUUUUAAAUAAAAUAACACGUUGAUGUACAAAGUAUUGCCAGAAAAAUAAGUAUAAUUCAAUACUAUAGGCGAGUAGAGUAAAUCCAUUUUGAAGGUGUUUAACUCUACAACGUAUAUAAGACCUUCCCUAUCAUAUCAAUACUCUUCAGAAAUACACCUUACUCUUACAUCUUUUCAACUUCUCUGCAAAUCAAGUUUUCAUCAUGAUUGAUGUAGUGUUAUCUGGUUUACUAAAUAUUAUAUUAUGAUUAGAAACAAUCUGUAAUCUUCACCAAUCUUCUUCUAUUAAACAACAUAAAUUCUUUCAGUAUUUCCCCUAAUUUUUAAACAGAAUGAUUCAUCAAAACUAUAACCACAACUAUCGUAAUACUUUUUCAUUAAUAAUUAAAUAUUCAUUUUAUAUUAAAAAUGUACUGUAUUCAGAUUCAACGGAAAUGUUUAUUUACCACAUUCAUAGUCUUUUUAAUGACACAAUAGUAUAGUCCAUAUUAUUAUUUUGACAACUGUUUCACAAUGUUUUAGAAAUUCUGUAGCGUUGCCAACUUCAUUGAUGUUUGUUCUGGGUACACUACUCGAAAACCGAUACCAUGCAGAUAAUAUAAUAUAGUCAUGUUAAACAGAAAUUUAAUUCUUCCGUACGGUCUACAUGGUAAUCCGAAAAUAUCUGGGCGAUAUCUUAUACAUCUAAACUCAGAAUACUACUGCCUUGCAACUUGUUUAUCUCAAUGGUUAGGUCGACAGUUGCCAGUAAAGUUGAGUGUGUGUGUGUGUGUGUAGUUUUCGUCACUUGUGUUAAAAGUCUGUGCAACUUUGGUUAUUUCAUAGGUGGUGAAAUCUUGUUAUCGAUUUCAUUUUCAUCAAGUUGAUUCAUCUUUCCCACAAGUGCUUGUAAAAAACAAAAACAGGUGUGCUGUUCAGUGUUUUGAUCUGUACUGCAUUACUAGUGUAGGGUGUUUUCUUGGAAGGUAAACUAUGUUUGCAUUACAAGAAUCUGGUCAAAAUUAUCGUGAAAUCACUACCCGCGCAUGUUGGAACCACUGAAGUAGUUUCAAAGUUAAGCAUACAAUUCUAAUAGGGUUUCCGAACUUCAUCUACUGGGUUGGUUGAAUUGUAUGUUACCUAUAUCCUUAUAAUCGUGCGCGAAAUCCCUGCUAGACCAGAAUUUAAGGUGUGAAAAAGGUGAGACAGCGACUUACUGAGUAGGUUUUUUUUACGUUAUUAGCGUGGAUGAUGUUCGAACACUACAGGUAUUCAACCUGACAGAAACCACAACUUUUACAAUGGAAGUUGUACUAUUAUCUCAGUUUGAUAGAUAAGUUACUUGUUACGCAUGGAGUGUCAUAAUAUUUUCCGGCUAAUCAAAUAUGACAUAUGAUUAUUGUAAUGAGAUGAAAGAUAUGGUUAUAGUAAAAGAUUUAAAUAAUUUUGUUUGAUGUUUUUAUUUUUGUUUUAUAGUCUUCAACAAAUUCUGGUCCUUUAUCAUCUUCAAGUUCAGCUGGUUCUAUAGGACCAGAAUCUGGAUCACCAAACUAUCGCAAAUUGAUUCAUGCUGUAUUAGAUGCUAAAAAGUCAGCUCUUCUUAGAUCUCCAUCUGUUAUCCAAUUCUUAGUUAGUCAACAGCGUUCACUAACUGAAUAUAAACGUCAAACAGAAUUAUUUUGUGUUACGAUGAACAGAUGAAAAAAACUAGUCUUAUUUUUCUACUUAUUCAUGUUAAUGUUUUUUACUAUUCGAUUAUAUAUAUAUUUGUAUUACAAGUUGUAAGUAGUCGAUGAGAAUGAAAUGAAAUAAAAUGAGUUCAUGUAUAUCCUGUUCAAUUGUUUAUUCUUGCUCUAUAUGUACAUAGUCCUCUUAAAAAUAAAUUAGAUCUCUCUUCAUUAACUAUUCCAAGCUAAGUCGAUAUAUGUACUCAUACAGUAUGAUAUAUGAGGGAUAAAUGAUUUAAGAGAUAUGACUCAAAAUCAAUCAGUGAGUUACUUUCUCUAAAUCUCAAAUACAUUAUUUGUUUCAUCUUCUUUAUCUAUUCAACCUAAUUUUGUGUGUGCAUAAGGUGUAUUUACAAGUUUUAUCUUCUACCUCAUUGUCAUUCAAUCUUUCACCUUUAACUGAUAUAUAUCUUUAUAUUGAUAGGAGUUACUAUUGUAAUGAACGAGAACACAAUUGAGGAUAAUCGAAUGUAUCUGAACACAAAAUUACAGAUCAACAUAGAACCAUAGUGUAAAUAUAUAAUUUAAAUAAUGUCAAUCAAUGAUUGUUCCUUUUGCAAAUAUCAAUCUAUCGUCUCAGACUUCAUUGUUCUUUCGUUUCCAUACCAAUCAUUGUUUGUUCUCGUUUUCUUUUCUUUAAUCUCAACUUUCUGCCUCUAGGUAUUUCAUUUUCGAUUGUUGGUACAUACUACUUAUAUCUGUCGACAUCUGUAGUACACACCACAUUACUACUGAUACUGUUACUACUUUUAUGACUAUGGGAUGUGUUUUGAUAAUUUUAUCUCGCUGGGCUAAUGUGGUAUGACAACUUGGACUGACAUACUUGCGUCAAGUUCUUUGCUGCAUUUGACUACGACGAUGAGUCAUCGUUAUUAUUGAAACACUACUUCUUACUAUGUGUAGUCUGCCUUAUCAUUGGUUGUUUCACUUUUGCCUCAUUUAUAUCCUAACUAUGUAGCUUUCGCUUUAACCACUUAUUUUGUGUUGUACGUUCGUUUGGCUGCUUACUGGCUGUUGUUGUAAUCUCUGGAUUACUGAUUUGUAUACUCAGGUACCAGACAUUGUAAAAUAGUUGCUUAACAGUCAUAAUUUCCUCGCAAAACUGAUUUACAUCACGAAAAACGAAUGCAUUGUACAAUCUUACGGAGUUUCAAGCCAGGAUGAAAUAUGCAUCUGUUGCAUUAAUAAUCAGAAGCCCAUGUAAAAAUAUGUUAUGCGAAGAAAAUAUUUAUUGUAACUUAAAUCAUGAAUUGGAUUGGGAAUAGAACUUGUAUGUGUACAAAAUAUUUUUACGGAUGCUGUUCCCGAUCAUUGCGUAGGUUUAUCACCAGCCUGCGCUUAAGCUGAAUCUGCUCUUUGUCAUGUUCAGAGCCAGGUGGAGUGAGUUUUCGAGCAUCUAUCAGUGCGGUAGGUGCUGCUGAGAUCCAGUGUUUCUCCCUAAACAUGGUUUACUUUACUAGCAUAUACCACCACUGUUUUCACAGCUUUUCUGAUGUCAUUCCUCUCUGCCUCGGGGUGAGCAUCACUUACAUAGCUGCCUAAUUGUAUUCCUGGUUGUUCCUGAAGUAUAUUCUUAGCUUGACUAUCACUAAGUAGAACCCUAACAGGCUUUCUUGCAGCAUCUUUCCUACGUCCAGUAAGACGCAUACAAAUAUGUGCUCGCACUAGAGCAUGAUGUGAAUGCAAGCGUCAGUCUUCUAUUGAGCCCCUCCAUCGAUGGCUGAUAGCGAUGGGAUUUAGUUCGGUCCAACGUUGGGAUGAAUUCGGGGGUUGCCGUGUCAAAAGAUGUUUUUCCUUAUGUUUAAAGUUAGUAUUUGCAAGAAACAAGUGGUUAUCUGAGCAUAGCUGCAACAGACGGUCGCCGUUAUCUGUUCUCUGUGCCGUAACACCAUAAGAUCCACCCAGGUGUCUUUCCAUUUCUUUUAGUUCAGCUAAUUGGGCAUUAAAGUCACGAGCCACUAUUACUACAUCACAGCGCCUAACUUUUUGGAGGAGGCCAGAAAGCUUUCUGCAAAACUCAUCUUUUACAUCAUCUGAGCUGCAGUCAGUGGGAGAAUAGGCAGAGAUGACGAAGAGGCAACGACGAGUGUCCCUAUCUUUCCGAGUCCUUAUUGUUCCGUUUAGUUGGACUGUCUACUGGGAUCCAGUCUAAGAGAGCUAGUUCUGCCCAAGGACUUAAUGC